UCCCCAACCCCAACCAGACCACGAUUACCCAUUCGCACCGAACCCACCGCGGCCAGGCGCUCCCCUCCCCCACCCCAAUCCCCAAAUCCCCAGCCCUACCGAGCUCGGGUCGCACGGCGGGGCGCGCAACGCCGGGGAGGCCACCAUGGACAUAGACAGCGUGGAGUGCCUCUCCCUCCCGGACGCCUCCAUGGACGUGGACGACGUCGACAGGCACCACAACCAUCACCAUCACCACGGCAUCCCGCUCCACGCCGUGCAUCUGGCCGCUAGCGGCGGCGCCGGGGGCCGCGCGUUCCCUAAGGUUAAUGCUGGGGGCGGGGCCGGCGGCGCGGGAGGAGCCGGCGUUAUAGUGGGCGCCGCCGGUGGGCCACCGGCGACCAGCGUUCACGAACUGCUCGAGUGCCCCGUCUGCACCAACUCCAUGUUUCCGCCCAUCCACCAGUGCCAGAAUGGACAUACAUUAUGUUCAACAUGCAAGGCUAGGGUGCACAAUCGUUGCCCUACAUGCAGACAAGAGCUUGGUGAUAUCAGGUGCUUGGCGUUGGAGAAAGUAGCAGAAUCACUCGAGCUUCCUUGUAAGUACUGCUCUUUAGGUUGUCCAGAGAUCUUCCCAUACUACAGCAAGAUAAAGCAUGAAGCACAGUGCAGCUUCAGGCCAUAUAACUGCCCCUAUGCUGGUUCUGAAUGUGCUGUGGCUGGUGAUAUACCUUUCCUUGUUGCACAUUUGAGGGAUGAUCACAAAGUUGAUAUGCACAGCGGUUGCACAUUCAACCAUAGAUAUGUCAAGUCUAAUCCGAGAGAGGUUGAAAAUGCCACCUGGAUGCUAACAGUGUUCCAUUGUUUCGGACAGUACUUCUGUCUGCACUUUGAGGCCUUCCAGCUUGGCAUGGCACCUGUAUACAUGGCUUUCCUCCGUUUCAUGGGGGACGAGAAUGAAGCAAGGAACUACACCUACAGCCUCGAGGUUGGUGGUAAUGGUAGGAAGAUGGUAUGGGAGGGCACCCCUAGAAGCAUUCGUGACAGCCACCGGAAGGUCCGGGACAGCCAUGAUGGCCUCAUCAUCCAGAGGAACAUGGCAUUGUUCUUCUCCGGCGGUGACAGGAAGGAGCUGAAGCUGAGGGUUACCGGGCGGAUAUGGAAAGAGCAGCCCAACCCAGAUGGAACCUGCAUACCGAACCUCUGUAGCUGAGAAAAGCAAGGUUCAGCACUUAAAAUGAUUGUGCUAUUUGGCUGGUUUGUUAUUUAUCCAUUGGCACGUCGUCCUUGUUUUCGGUAGUCCAUUGACAGUUCCAGUGAUGUACCUUCAAGCAAAGUAGAGGUGUAAAAUGUAAAGUAAUUCUGUAUAAGCAUAACGAAUACAUGAAAGGUUACAAGGUUGCCAAUAAAUGUCUGCCUUCAGUUCUCCUCU